AUGGCGCGGCGCUCGCUCUCUGCGGGGUUCCUGUUGGCGGUGAUGAUCUGCCACGCCGGCGUUGCUAUGGCGCAGGAGUCCACGGCCGCGCCCAAGCCCUCGGCGCCGGCCCCCAAGGGGUCCCCCAAGGAGUACAUCACCGUGCUACUGCAGAAUGACUGCAAGGUGCCGAUCCUGGUUGCCGCCAUGGUGUACAACCUGCAGGGCAAGUGGGAGCCCCAGGGCUUCUGGCGCCUGGCGCCCGGGGAGGUUGCCGAGGCCGGCAAGACCACCAACCGCGCAUACUACGUGUACGGCCACGAGCUUGGGGACCCCGAGUGCAAGAAGGGCUGCUGGUCCGGCUCCGUCCCCAAGUCCCUGCAGGGGGAGGAGUGGCCGUUUGUGGAGAAGACCAUGAACCCCCUGGUCACCCUCGGCGACGUCGUGAAGCACAAGUUCUCCUGCUAG